AUGCUUGUUGCCUUGCUCGGCAUCCCUACAACGACAAUAACAACAACAGUGACGACAACAACGGCAACAACAUCAACAUCAACAACAACAUCAACAUCAACAUCAACAUCAACAUCAACAACAACAACCACAGGUAGAGUCGUUCUAAUCAAAUAUAUCAUUUGUGAGAAUAAAGAUCUCACCAAUUUUCUAAGGAUUUGAUGAAAUGUGAACUAGUAAUGGUUCUCAGAAAUCUUAGAAGUCUCAUUGAAUAUGAAGAACGAGCAUACAAUUGGUCCAUUCAGUUGAUACUGUUCGUUGUCGGUGCAAGAGCGACUAGUACUUUAAUUUGUCACGGGUGUGGCCAUAUUCAGGCAAGAAUUGAUACGACUCAGCCAUAGAAGAAACUACUGUCCUUCCUUUUCUCAUUGAUUUUUUUCGGUUGAGAUCCGAAGUAGAAUCGGAUGUUUUUCUCACUUUUAUUCAAGGAAGUCUACAUCCAUAUAUAGCCAAACAAGUAUCUCUAGAGUCCAGCAAACAAAUAAUUAUUUUGCCACGAAGAAACACGAGUUACACCAGAAACUAUGACGAUUUUUCUAUUGGUUCACAGCAUAUAUGUCCGAUUCCAGAAAUAUGUGAUUAUAGAUCCCGAUACCUUAUCACUCUGUCUUUUCCUUUUCUUAUCGUCUACUUACUUGUCCUGUAGACUCCAGAGAGAUGUUCAUUGUUUCAGCAGAAAUGUUCACUUUCAAUCCAAAUUUAGGGUUUGUGUGUGGGUACGUUUUUUACCGCAUCCACAGUCAUAACCACACCUAUACUCACGCCCUACCCAUACUCACAUCCUUGUUUGAAUUAUGAUUCUUAAAUGGUUAUUUGUAUUAUGUAACGAACGGAAACAAGUAAAUUCUCGUUUCUACAUACGAUAUUUCUAGUCUAAGAAAGAACUGUUUACUGUACACUUUUAAAGUGAUGUUAUAAAUAUUAUUCACGAAAGUAUUUUUGAGUAGAACCAUAAUCAACAGCGAUUUUUAUAAAGCUCAGUGUGGUUUUCUAUCGGGACACCGUGGUGCCGCGGAAAGAUCGUAGUUAAGUACGGUUUCUCGUACCACGUUAAGCGUAAAUCCAAAUAUGUGGGGCCAAACUGCAGUACUAGAUUUCGUAGCUAAUCACAGCUUCCUAGAGAAACAACGCGGCGUUGUUUCGAUACCCGCAUUAAUCCCUUCUUUCGUAUCGCGUUGCACGAAAACUACGGUCAAGGGGGAAAAAGCGGAUCCUGGAUCCUCGGAUCCUGGUGGAUCCUGUGGAUCCUGGUGGAUCCUGUGGAUCCUGGUGGAUCCUGGUGGAUCCUAUUGGAUCCUACUGGAUCCUGGUGGAUCCUGGUGGAUCCUGAUGGAUCCUAUUGGAUCCUGGUGGAUUCUGAUAGAUCCUAAUGGAUCAUAGUGGAACCUGAUGAAUUGUAGAAUAAAUUAUUUCAAGCGUACAGAAACGAGGAUGGAAAAGUUGAUCUUAAUGGAUAUGAGAAUUCUUUAAGGUCCAAAUAAAUUAAAUGAGAAAAGGGAAUAGUGACUUCAGAAUUUGUAACUAAGUAAAGAGAAAAAAAGAUCCAGGAUGCCGAGAUGAUUAUGUCUAAAUUUUGGCAUAUCAUCAUGGAUUCUGCGCAUUUUUUUGAUCCAUCAAGAUUUACGCUUCCUCGAUCGGUUUGAUAUUAUUGUAAUACAUGAUGAUUUCUAUUGCAUUCUAGUUAUCUCUGAUCAAUUGUAAUGGAUUGCGUUGAAUUAUAGCCAAUGGCGGUAAUCUGUGACCGCUUUUGGCACACUUCUAGAAAUAUAUUCUAAAAUCUCUUAGGACUCUAGAAUCCGCUUUUCUCCGUCAAACUAAGGAUGUCAGAACUUAGAGCAACCCUCUACUUUAAUCUUAAUCCUGUUUUUCCUUGAGAAAGUGUGAAAGAACAUUUUGGGCUCCUGAAUCUGAAGAUUCAUGCCAUAUUUUAUUCAGGAUUCCGUUUCCAAUUUUAAUAAUACUGGUUUGCAGGAUAUUUCAUUGUGAAAAAAAUAUUCUUCUCAGGAUCUUUUCAAGUUGCCACUCAGAUUUCUUUAUUAUUUUAACAUGAUGGACCGUACUAGGAUUCACCCUUGAUCUUAUUCAAAACCUUGAUAGGGAUUACAGAAAGAAUAUCGCUUAGAUUCGAUUAUAGUUUUGACAGAAUUCGUUUGGGAUCUCUGCGUCAUGGUCCUCUCCUGGCUUACAGUUAAAUAAAGCAAAUAUCCUACAAGGAAUUUAUAGAAGAGCAAUGAAAAUCCUCAGGUAGUGAAUUCUGCUAAGAUUCAAUCACGAUUCUAUCUAAUUUUCUUAAGCAUUCUUCUUACGAAUAUCUUUUCUGAAUAUUUCCAGGGUUGUCUUAGGGUCUCUUCAAGGACAAGCAUUUCGGAUCCUUCCCAGAGAAGGUCAAGGAUGGCCAGGAUCUUUCUGAAAGCAUAUCAAGGUCAGACGAAGAUCUUUACCAUUUUCAUUUAGAGUCUACUAAAGCUUGAUCUUGAGGAUUGUAACAAGAUCUAUGACUGAUCUGGUUCAGGAUUUUGAAUAAAAUUAUGAAAUGUUUCCACCAAAAUCCUUAAUAGUUCCUAUUUAAGAUUCUUCGAAUAUUUUUGAAUCUUUGAAUCUCAAAAACUUAAAUUGUGCUUGUUAAAUAAAAUUUUAACAGUAACUAUACUAAAAUGACAAUGAAGAAUUUGCAAUGUGUUUUGUUCCGGUUCUGACAGGAAUGUAGAAGAUCAAGAAGGUACCUGAAUUUCAUUCUAAUAUUCCUUUGUAUCUAUGUGUCAGUGAAUGGAAGAAAUCUGACAGAAUUUUUGAAGAUUUCUCGUCAAAGAUUUUUAAUAUUUAUCUUCAAUACUGCAUGACAAUUACAGCAUGGAACUCAGUUAUUUCUUGAAUUUUAUUUUCAUAUAAAACUUGCAAACUCAUUAAAAUGGAGAUUUUAAUAUCAGUUUAACUGUUGCACUAACUUUUUCUUAAAAAAGCUUUUAGUAAAGGACGAGUACUUCAAUAAAACUUGUACUGGAUUUUAUUUAUUCGUGCUAAUCAGAAAAAUAUCUUUUUGUUCAAAUUGAAAUCAACCAGUCAUACUAGAAUUUUAUGAUAAGUAAUCAAUAGAUUAAGUUUAUAUUGAAUUUUUGUUCAAAUAACUUAUGUUUGCAUAAAGUUCAAAUACAAGUUAAUAGUUCAGAAGGAAUUCGAGAUACAGAAGGUUUGAGUUAAAUUAAAUAGCAUGGUACAGUCUACUGCGGUGAACUAAUCAGUUUUUUAACUGAACAUAUAGAAAUCAAUAAUGUGCGUUCAUUUCUCUUUUCUGCUUAGAGAAACCUGGAAAAAUUUUGACAAUCCAUCGGAUAUCAUCCUUACAGAAUCGAAGUAGAGUUCUGCGAGGUGCAAUCAGAAAAUAUUUUCCAAUUAGAAGCCAUUGAAAUUCUGAGAAGAGCUUGACAUAAAGUCAAUACAAAAUGACUCAGAAUUUCUCUAAGAUUUUGUUCUAAUCAUAACAGAAUCGUGUUCAUUUCGUGUCUACACGUUUUUCUGAGGAUUUGAUCCUCUAUUAACAUAUUUCUUGUUUUAAUUGCAUUGGUAAACUGCUCAGGAUACUGAUAGAAUCCUGUUAUGAACCUUGUCGAGGUCUUGAAAUUCCGUGACUACACGGCUUUCUCAAGAUUUAGCAGCUUCUUCGACGAUAUAUGAUUGGGAAAUAGCAAUAAACUGUUACGAUCUUGAUUGAAUCUCAAUUAAAAUUCUGUCGGCAUCUUAAAAUUUUAUGGG